AUGUGGAAUAAUAAUUUCAUCCAGAUUCCAUUUUCGACACGAUGGCAUUUUUUCGUGCCUCAGAAGAACUCAAUACGAUUAAUUUCGUCAUGGUUGAACAGUUUUUGUAAGAAUUUUAAAUUUGCCCUCUCUCUCCAUUUAUUCGAAGGUAUUGUGGAAAAUGAUGACAAAAUGAUUGUCGGACAACAAUUAGUUGAACAGGACGGUCUACCCGUGUUAGUACAAUGUGCAACGGAAGCAAAGUUUGAUGUCAAAACUAUUCAACAACCAUCACUGGAAAAUCUAUGGAAAUUAGCAUUUAUCAAAGAUGCAGCGGAUAAACUAAAAAGUUAUCAAGGUUUUCUAGUUUACCUUCGACAAAUCUUGACAUCAUCAAUCAAACAGAUACAAGCAAAUCAGGUUGUUCAAAAAGCGGCGGAUGGUCUGCUUUAUCAACAUAAAGAUAAAGAUUUAUGCUACAAAAUUUAUGAACGUUUAAUAAAAGAAGAUAAUUAUAGAGUAUGGUUAGAUAAAACAGAAAUGUACGGUUCAAACAUGAGACGUAUGGCGGAAGGGAUUGAGAAUUCAGAAUUUGUUGUUAUUUUUCUCUCAGCUGAUUAUAAGAAAAGUCGUUAUUGUGAAGCAGAAGCCUCUUAUGCACAUGAAAAAGAACGCGUGUUAGUACCUUUAAAAGUUCAUGAAGGUUAUAAUCCAGAUGGAUGGCUUGGCAUUAUCGUUACUAAGUUGACAUAUGUCAAUUUUACUGGUGAGAAAGAUCUUAGUUCACACGGGAACCUAACAGUUAGGAAAGUAUUAGAAGAAUCUGGUAUUGAGGGCGUGAAGUUUGCUUAUGGAAGCAAUGAUUUCUAUCAUGGUGCCAGAAAGAAGUUUGAAAAGUUUGAUAUAUUAGCUUUGCAGUUCAAAGAAGAUACCAAUGGAAAAAUUGUGAAGAAUCAGGAAGAUUAUCUGCCUGAUAUCGACAUUAUCAUUCGAAAUCAAAGAGUUGUGACAAUAGACUCGUUCUCCUAUCUCGGCUGUUGGACUUCUCGUGAUCAACGACCAGACAAAGAGAUAGAAGCUAGAUUAACGAAAUCAGCAACAGCGUUCAACAUGCAUUUGCCUUUUUAUUUGAAUGGCAAAUAUGACGACCCUCAAAACUGGAAUGCAGCUGUCGGUGCACCAGCCUGGAAAAGUGAAGAUGGAAAGCAUACGAUUGGCAUAGGAGGAUCAUAUGGUGAAACCGCCGGGAAUUUAUAUGUACGUAUUUUGGUUUUUCUUUAAGUGUCACUGCAUGUUUACUGUGGACUUUUUUGCACAUCGGUUGGUUAUAGGGCGAUGUAUUGAAGACACAGACUGGAACACUGGCCUUGGCUAUCGUUAGCAAAGUAAUAAUGAAAAGCAUUCAGUCGGCACUGCCGCAUCGUACGGACAUUCAUCAGGAAAUUAUUUAGUAAGUUUUUUCUGUGAUUGUCAAAUUUGAUUCCAAUUAUCUUCUCAUAGGGCCACACAUGCAAGAGCCCUCCACAGUGAGGCGCUGGCAUUAGCUAUGGAUUCAAGUUCUGAACGAAUCGAAACUCGAAGCUUGUUUGAACCUCGUAGUCACUGCCAUUUCUGAUCCUUUAAGCUGAUCCUGCCAUUUCUAACCCCUUUAAGCUAAUAUAUCAUUGCGUAAAAUUUGCUGCAACGCCAGAAAAAGGAAAGAUGUCUCAACGCGCUUUUCUAAGAUGGUAAGUGCGUGUACGUGUGACUACCUAGUGUAUAUGGACGUGAACGGAUGAUUGAUGAAAAAUGUCAGGGUGUUGUAAAGGAAAAAUAUGAAGAUGGAACCUGAUGAAUAUAGAAGAGAUAAACAAUUUUGAUCAUGAUUAAUUGUUUUUCGUGUAUGGUGAAUGAACGUGCAUUAUUGUGAAUAUACGUGUAUUAUUGAUACAGAUAAGCAAUGGCCUUGCAAUCGGACACAGAAAGUGUACCGAAUAAAACUAACUAGUAACUCUUAGAAGGAAGCGAGCAUGGAAGAUAACAGAGUGGUUAAAUGCCUGAUACCGAGAAGAUUAGGAUGAAUGUUAUCCCUAUGAAGCAUAUUAGCGUGCAAAUCGAACGGAAUAAUCAGAAGCUGAGGAGCCAAAUGCAGGUGAAGCAACAUAUCAUUGUAACGGAUGAUUUUCCGUUGAAGUAAAUUAUAGGAACCUUGCAUUUGCGUGUCAGCAUGGGAUGGUA